CACUGUCCCGUUCCUGGGUCUGGUCGCUCUCCGCAACGUGUUGCUUCUGGCCCUUCUAAGCUUUCUGUGGCACCAGCUCUCACAAUCUCCUCUCUGUGUACCCAGCAGGCUACUGCAGAAGGGGAGCAGCUCUCCUGGCUCUCGGAGAAGAGACUCCUGUCGCAGCGGCUGGAACGUCUGCAGCGAGCAGUUGCAAAGCUGCAACUCGAGAAGACGGAGCUGAAGCAACUCAACGCUGAGCUCAGGAGGACUCUUGAGCAGGAGGAGUCUCACACGUGCUGCAGUUGUCGAUUAGCUGAGUUGCAGAAGCAGGUGUCCCUUCUGCAGACGCAGCUGGCACAGGAACGAAAAUACAAGCAGGACUAUCCUGAGUGCUGUGCAAAGACCAGCCAGGAGCUGUCAGACCUUCACCACGAGCUGUCUCUUCUCCUUACACGUCCUAGCAGUGGUCAGGGAGCCAAAGCUGCUGUUUUGGAAGCAGAGACUGGAAGCUGGGUCAGCCUCUGA